AUGAGUCCACUUACAGAGAGCCAGCUCAAUGCCAUCAGCAUCAUGGAGCGGGCGUGCUCCGCCAUCUCGCUGCUGGGCUGUAUCUUCACCAUAACAACAUUUACAUGCUUCAGCACCUUUCGAGAGAAGCCCGUCAACAGGCUUGUGUUUUACGCAUCAUUCGGCAACAUGGCAAGCAACGUCGGCACGUUGAUGUCGCGGUCCUUCCUGGGCAACUUGGACUCGUUUGGAUGCCAGUUCCAAGCCAUGCUGGUCCAAUGGUUCAUGGCUGCCGACGUGGGCUGGAUCCUCGCCAUGGCUGUCAAUGUCUACCUCACCGUGUACCGCAAGUUCGAUAUAAAGCGCCUGCAUAAAAUGGAGCUCAUCUACCUCCCGGCUUGCUACGGCAUUCCAUUCAUCCCCGCAUUCACAUAUCUCUUCGUCCGGCACAAUGGCGAGCGGAUUUACGGAGAUGCCGUAUUAUGGUGCUGGGUUACCAGUGAGCUCGAGGGCCUCCGCAUCGGCACCUUUUACGGCCCUGUGUGGACCAUGAUCCUCAUCACCUUUUCCAUCUACAUUGCCGCGGCGGGCACCAUUUUCAAGAUCCGCAGACAGGUCCACGACCUCAGCUCGGAUUACGAUCUUUCGUCAUGCACCAGCCCCGAGGUCACGGCUAGUAACGGCACCGCGGCGACAAUGUCCGCAGAUGGCGAUGCCGUCUUUUCCGGCCAGACCCAGGGACGUGACGAUAAAACAACGGCCAGCCGGGCCAAACCGCGUCGGCAUGGCCCUACUCAGCAAAGCUUCGCUCGGCGCCGUAGCUUCGAACACAAAAACGCCGCCUGGUCCUAUACCAAGUGCGCGCUGCUCUAUUUUUCAGCCAUUCUCAUCACCUGGAUCCCUGCCAGUGCGAAUCGCGUCUACUCCAUGGCACACAAUGGUCAGCCUUAUGCCCCCGUCGUAUUCAUGAGUGCCUUCGUGCUGCCCUUGCAGGGAUUUUGGAAUUGGAUCAUUUACGUUGUCAUGUCAUGGGGGGCAUGCAAGUCAUUGCCGCAGGACAUCAAGGCCAGAUUCUCAGAUCUACAUAGGGAACCGGCGAACCGGGACGAACUAGACAGGGCGGCCGACAACUGUUAA